AUGGAGCCCCAGAAGCUGCUGAGCAUUGGGUUUCUGCUGUGCUCUCUGACUUGCCUCUUAUUGGAGUCUGUAGCUUCCUCUAGGUUACCUUCUUCUUCCUUUGGAGCACAAGACAAAGCAGGAUGGAAACCACGCUCCAGGGAAAACCACGGAUCCUGGCUGAGCGACUUCAAGGAUUACUUGUGGAAUCUCAUCAAAAGCUCCCUACCUUCAGCAGCCAUUUUUGCUUUUCUUCUCAGUGGAAUAGUAAUGGGGAUCCUCUGCUGCGUCACGUAA